AUGGUGGUGAUGGUGGACGUCAGACCCGACCACAACGUUCAAACGUUUGUCUUCUUUUCUCAGCUCAACCAGAGUGUCAGUUCUUUCCAAAGGAAAUUUGUGGGCGAGGUGAAGCGGUGCGAGGAGCUGGAGCGCAUAUUGGCGUACCUGGUGCAGGAGAUUAACAGAGCUGAUAUUCCCCUUCCCGAGGGAGAGACCAGUCCUCCUGCACCACCUCUGAAGCAGGUUCUGGAAAUGCAGGAGCAGCUGCAGAAGCUUGAGGUUGAGCUGAGAGAAGUCACAAGAAACAAGGAGAAACUGAGGAAGAACUUGCUGGAGCUGAUUGAGUACACGCACAUGCUGCGGGCCACCAAGUCCUUCGUCCGGCGGACCGUGGAGUUUGAGCCAACUUAUGAGGAAUUCCCCACCUUGGACAGUGAUUCCUUGUUGGACUACAGCUGUAUGCAGAGGCUGGGAGCGAAACUCGGGUUCGUGUCUGGCCUCAUUAACCAAGGGAAAGUCGAGGCGUUUGAAAAGAUGCUGUGGAGGGUCUGCAAGGGGUACACCAUCCUGACCUACGCGGAGCUUGAUGAGUCCCUGGAAGACCCCGAAACGGGGGAGGUCGUCAAGUGGUACGUCUUCCUGAUCUCCUUCUGGGGGGAGCAGAUUGGCCACAAGGUGAAGAAGAUAUGUGACUGUUACCACUGCCACCUGUAUCCCUACCCCACGACCGCCGAGGAGCGCCGAGAGAUCCAGGAGGGGCUGAACACCCGGAUUCAGGACCUUUACACUGUGCUUCACAAGACCGAGGACUACCUGAGGCAGGUGCUGUGCAAGGCGGCCGAGUCCGUCUACAGCCGCGCCGUGCAGGUGAAGAAGAUGAAAGCCGUCUACCACAUGCUGAACCUGUGCAGCUUCGACGUGACCAACAAGUGCCUCAUCGCCGAGGUCUGGUGUCCCGAGGCCGACCUGCAGGGCCUGCGCCGAGCGCUCGAGGACGGCUCAAGAGAGAGCGGCGCUACAAUCCCCUCUUUCAUGAACACGAUCCCGACUAAAGAGACGCCCCCGACUCUGAUCCGCACCAACAAGUUCACCGAGGGGUUCCAGAACAUCGUGGACGCCUACGGGGUGGGCAGCUACCGGGAGGUGAACCCAGCUCUCUUCAGCAUCAUCACCUUCCCCUUCCUGUUUGCCGUGAUGUUCGGGGACUUCGGACAUGGCUUCGUGAUGUUCCUGUUCGCCCUCCUGUUGGUGUUGAACGAAAACCAUCCCAGGCUGAGUCAGUCACAAGAGAUCAUGCGCAUGUUUUUCAACGGCCGCUACAUCCUGCUGCUGAUGGGGCUGUUCUCGGUGUACACGGGCCUCAUCUACAACGACUGCUUCUCCAAGUCUGUCAACCUCUUUGGCUCCGGCUGGAACGUGUCUGCCAUGUACAGCUCCAGCCACGCCCCGGCCGAGCGCGAGAAGAUGGUGCUCUGGAACGACAGUGUGGUCAAGCACAACAGGGUCCUGCAGCUGGACCCGAGCGUCCCCGGGGUGUUCCAGGGCCCCUACCCGCUGGGCAUCGACCCCAUUUGGAACUUGGCCACAAACCGCCUCACUUUCCUAAACUCUUUCAAAAUGAAAAUGUCUGUGAUCCUAGGAAUCGUUCACAUGACUUUUGGAGUCGUUCUGGGAAUAUUUAACCACGUGCAUUUCAGGAAGAAAUUCAAUAUUUACCUGGUGUCCAUCCCAGAGCUCCUGUUCCUGCUCUGCAUGUUCGGGUACCUCAUAUUCAUGAUCAUCUACAAGUGGCUGGUCUACUCCGCGGAGACCUCCAGAGCGGCCCCCAGCAUCCUGAUCGAGUUCAUCAACAUGUUUCUCUUUCCGACGGCAGGGACGAGUGGGCUGUACGCGGGCCAGGAGCACGUGCAGAGACUGCUGCUGGCCGUCACCCUGCUCUCCGUGCCUGUCCUCUUCUUGGGAAAACCCCUCUUCCUGUUGUGGCUGCACAACGGGCGCAGUUGCUUUGGGGUCAGCCGGAGUGGCUACACGCUCGUGAGGAAGGACAGCGAGGAAGAACUGUCCCUGAUGGGGAGCCAGGACAUGGAGGCGGGCGGCAGCCCGAUGGAAGAUGGGUGUCGAGACGUGACAUGUGAAGAGUUUAACUUUGGAGAAAUACUAAUGACCCAAGUGAUCCACUCCAUCGAGUACUGCCUGGGCUGCGUCUCCAACACCGCGUCCUACCUGAGGCUCUGGGCCCUCAGUCUGGCUCACGCACAGCUGUCUGACGUCCUGUGGGCCAUGCUGAUGCGCGUGGGCCUCCGGGUGGACAAGACCUACGGCGUCCUGCUGCUGCUCCCGGUCAUGGCGCUCUUUGCAGUGCUGACCAUUUUCAUCCUUUUGAUCAUGGAAGGGCUUUCUGCAUUUCUUCACGCCAUACGCCUCCACUGGGUAGAAUUUCAGAACAAAUUCUAUGCUGGUGCAGGCACCAAGUUUGUCCCCUUCUCGUUCAGACGACUCUCGUGGAAGGUCAGCGAGGACAUGGCGUGAUCGCGCCAGGUCUCACGCACGUUCACGUCCACCGAGGAUGAUCAUGUGGUAGAAAUUCACUUGUGCCCGAUUUGCUUUAGGAAGAAUUGUCUCCGUUGAUUGCCUUAUGAUCUAGCCAAACAAUUCUGUAAGACAUACCUCUUCCUCGCAUUCAACAUUUUGUAAAGUUUCUCGAUUUUAGAUAUACAAAUUUUAUUUCGGUUUUUAUGACGAGCAAAUAUAAGUUAAUGCCAAACGUUACGUUAAAGUUAUUUUUUCAAACACAGGCUUGGGGGAGAGAAGCCCAUUUUGAACAGCCAAUCGAAAAUGGUCUUAGAUACUGAAUUCCUUUUCACCUUAUUAAAAAAAAAAAAGUUAUUCUGCCACCCGAAGUCAGAUGAUAUUUUCCAACAGCUGAAUAUGAGUAUAGUUUUUUAAAAAUUUUAAUGAUGGGUCAUCAAAAGACAUGUAUUCUGCUUGACUGAAGUAUGCAAACAUUUUUUAUUGAAUGUUGUCUGGAAUUACCAGUAGGAGGUGGUUUGUAUAGUUCCGUCUUGUUUUAGUAAUUGGGGAAAAUGGGAUAAAAUAACCUACAACACAUGGUUAUCCCACACGUAUAUUUUUUUAAAGACCUCUCUCUGCCACCCUCACGUAACUCCUCUUAUGAUCAUUGGACAUUUGGAAAGAAACUGUUUACUGAGCCUCACAACUGAGUGUGACCAGAAUAUGCGAUAGAGACGCGAUCUGAACGUUUAAGUGACCAGCGUGGCUGAACCAAAAGGGGUUUAUACUGAGUUGGAGGUGAGGUAACAAGCGGUCUUUUGUAUACUUUUAUAACAAAAUGUAAAUUAAGAUAUUUUACCAUGAGGAGGUUGAAGCCACCCUUGAGAACAGUACAUUGAUCUUUCUUUUUACUUUCAGACUAAUUCUAAAUAAAGGUCUGAUUAAGGCAUUUAGUUCCUUUAAACUCCCAACACUGUUGAGAUCAGUUGAAAACAUUCUCAGCCAUUAAUUUAGAGUCGUUAGUUUAGAUCCGUCUGCUCACUGAACGUUUAGUUUCUAAUGAAUGGAAGUCAGUCCUAUUGAACAUUUGAUCUGUCCUGUCUUCUUGUAAAUUAUGUUCAUUCUUCAUACUUUACUGCAAUGGAUUGUAGGUAAUUAUUUUCAGAAAGAAGCCUGCAGUAUUGUCACUUGCUCGCACUUUGCAUUACACAUGCAAAGGCUCACUGGUCGCCGUCCUCCGUUGCCCUGGCCUGUGGUAAUGGGCUUGGAGUUUUCUCUACAAGCUGUGAUUCCGGUAGCGCUGAAUUUAAACAUAUCUGUUCCGUUUGUGAACUGAACAUCAGACAUAACUGUGACUCUAACAUCAAACCUUUCUAGUUGUAGCAAAGAUUCCAUGCUGCUCCAUGAGCCGUUACCCAGGGCCGGUUUGGAGUUACUGGGUUUUUCCCUCAUAUUAAAAUAUCAGACAUAAAGUGAUGCUGAUGAAACUCUUGAAAAUGAUUCUGCUCUGGAAGUCAGGUUUCCCCAAAAAGGUGUAAUGUUGGACACUUUGGGGGUGAAUGAGAAAUUGGAAUAAUGCUGUCCAGGUUUCAAGCUUGUCCCUUGAGUUGUUACUUUUUAUCACUUUACUCCAAGGGUCUGUUAUAAUAAAAUGGUAGCUGAUUCAUCCCUAGGAAACUCACGAUUUCUGGGCACUAUUAGUAAACAAGAGACGUACAGCAUCUGCUGGAAUCCUCUACUGCCCCCGCUGCUAACUGUCACGGGGGCCACUUAACCCUAAUUAGCACCUCUUACCAGGGUAUAGAACCCAGAGCAGAGAGUUGUUUUUCAGUGGAAACCUAUGUAGCAUGUAAUUAUAUAAAAAACAGUCCUAACAGAACUCUCUAGAAAUACAGUUGGAUGGUGUUUUAGGCACCAGUGGGAAUUUUCUUUAUAAAGCUAUUGGUUCCAA